CUCAUCACCUCAAUCCUUUAAUAUCUCUUCUUUUAAUUUUUGAAUCUUUCCCUACAUUUUCUCUUGCAGGCUAUAAAUGCGAGUUCUGCUGCUUUACUUCUAUUUUACUGUUUCUCACUUUCUCUCUCUUCCCCUCUGGUUUUCCUCCAUUGCAAACCAAGCUUUCUUUUUUUUCCGGCUUUCCAAGGUACCCUCAUUCAUCCAGAAAGAAGAAACCCCACCAACCAUUUCACCAACCUUUGCUUUUAUAGCCCUCUAAAGUUCUAGAUUACUCUUCCUCUUCAUCUAUUGCUCAAAGAUUGGGUUUUUGUCCGGCCUUAGUUUGUUUUUCUUUUAUUUGGUUUUUGGCCCACCUCUGUUCAGAAGCCCUACUUCUAAACUACUCCUCUGCAAAUUCCAUUUUUGGGCUUUUGAGGUUGCGUUAGUUCUGGUCGAAAUCUCCCUAUCUAUGCCUAUCGAAACUCUGUUGGUUGAAAAGUUCAAGAGCAGGCCUGUUCUUGCUUCUGCUAGGUCUCAAAGUGGAAGAUCACGGGCGUUAGAUCCCCACAAAUGGUGGGGUUGGAUCGGUGUUGCAGCCCAUGACAUUUACUGGACAGUUCCUGAGCACUACAUAUAGGCAUUUUCCUUCCUUCUGUAUCCUGAUAAUCAAAAAUGUCAUCCGAGAGCUCUCUGAGUACUCAAUUGUCAAAGAAAUAUUUGAGUUUAGAACUAUGGGUUUGGAUUUGUAUAGGCGUUGGUGCAUUUAUCUUGUUGGUUCUGUUAAUCCUGUCUAUAUGGGUUGCUCGGAGAAAGUCAAGGACCCUAGACAAGUUUUCCCUUUCCCAAAUACCCAGUGUCUCGAAGGAAAUCAAAGUUGACAGGGUUGGGGCUCAGAAUUUCCAUGAUCAAGGUUUAGUCCUUACAGUCCAUGAUAAAUCAAGUGACAAAGAUUCAGAGAAAAUGUUAGUUCAUUUGGGCAUGAGCAAAUCUAGUGAGGCAGAUAACAUCAGCCAGUGCAGCUCAGUUUAUCAGCUUGAGAAAGGUUGUAGCUCACAGUCAUGGGAAGAAGGAAGUUCUGGGACUGGUCGCAAGCAGCCUUCAUAUGGAAUUGCAUCAGCUUCUCCUUUAAUUGGUUUGCCUGAGUUCUCACAUCUUGGUUGGGGUCAUUGGUUUACUCUUAGGGAUCUUGAAUUUGCAACAAAUCGCUUUGCGCCUGAAAAUGUUCUUGGGGAGGGUGGAUAUGGGGUUGUUUACAAGGGCCGUUUGAUCAAUGGAACUGAUGUUGCAGUGAAGAAGCUCCUUAACAAUCUGGGGCAGGCAGAGAAGGAAUUCAGGGUUGAAGUGGAGGCCAUUGGCCAUGUUCGGCAUAAAAAUCUUGUGCGCCUUCUUGGAUACUGCGUGGAAGGCGUUCACAGAAUGCUUGUGUACGAGUAUGUGAACAAUGGCAACUUAGAGCAGUGGCUUCAUGGGGCUUUGCGCCAACGGGGAUCCCUUGGUUGGGAGGCUCGCAUGAACGUCAUCCUUGGGACUGCUAAGGCGCUUGCUUAUCUGCAUGAAGCAAUAGAACCAAAAGUCGUUCACCGUGACAUAAAAUCGAGUAAUAUCUUGAUUGAUGAGGAAUUCAAUGCCAAGAUUUCCGAUUUCGGAUUGGCCAAACUUUUGGGUUCAGGAAAAAGUCAUAUCACCACCAGAGUAAUGGGGACGUUUGGGUAUGUGGCACCUGAAUAUGCAAAUACUGGUUUGUUAAAUGAGAAAAGUGAUGUCUACAGUUUUGGUGUCCUGCUGCUAGAAGCAGUUACAGGCAGGGAUCCUGUGGAUUAUAGUCGGGCGGCAAAUGAGGUCAAUCUUGUUGAGUGGCUUAAGACGAUGGUGGGCACUAGGAGAGCAGAAGAAGUUGUUGACCCAAGCCUUGAAGUUAAACCCACAACCCGGGUUCUAAAGCGUGCCCUUCUGGUUGCGCUGAGAUGUGUUGAUCCUGACUCAGAGAAAAGACCUAAAAUGAGUCAGGUUGUUCGAAUGCUUGAAGCUGAUGAAUUUCCAUCUCGUGAGGAUCGGAGGAACAGGAGGAGUCAGACAACUAGCAUGGAAAUUGAAUCCAUGAAGGAGAAUUCUGGCUCGACUGAUGUGGAAAGCAAUGUAGCGGCAUCAGAAAGUAAUACAACUGAGAGAUCUCAUGGGGGCAGGACUCAAAUCACAACCUGAUCUGAG